AUGGCCGACAAUAUCACCAGCAUCGGCACCAGCAGCGGCAGCAACACAACGACAACAACCGUACCGGUGACCGUACAGCAAAAGGGUUCGAUCGGUGGCGGCGCCCCGGGUGGUGGUGCAGGAGGGAUGCACCAUUAUCACCAUCACCACCACCACCCGCACCAUCAUCACCACAAUCACCACAAGUCACUGGAGAUGGGUGGCCAGAGGGGCGGAAGCAAACAUCACACGAACGUAAUUCACCGGACUACGAGUGAAAGUUUACGCCUCGGUGGAGGUGGUGGUGGCGGCGGGGGCGGCGGCGUGGGUAGCUCCGGCAGUAGUGGCACCGGGAACGGGGAUUCCCUAAUGAAUAGUGUUAGCGGUGGCGGCGGCGGGGUCAGCGGUAUGAUGGGUGGCGGCGGCGCCAGUGGUAAUGGGACGACGAGCCUCGGAGGGGGCGAAAACUCCGUCAGCAGCAGUUCCUCGGUGAACAGUAUUGGCCGGAAGGGCGGAAGCUCCAACGCGACGGGUGGCGGUGGUGGUGCUAGUGGACAGGGUGCUCCGGGGACCGGUGGCAAGACGUCCUCGUUUAUGAUCACCUCGGUGACGGUCGGUGCUAGCCGGAACAGCGCGGACAAUGGGGACGAUUCGGCGGACGAUCUGGACGAGUCGCACACCGACGACAACAGCCGGAUAACGGACUUUGAGAACGAAACGCCCAGCUUUUCGGAGGACACGUUCAGCAAGGAGGACGUCUUCUUCGGCACCAACGCGAUCGGCAGCGUGCCGGUCAUUCCGACCAGCUCGCAGUACGGGCUGGCGAUCGUGAACCCCAACGAUCGGGCCCACGGCGGUGAGGUGUUGGCCGAUGCCAUGCACGUCAGCGUCACCGAGGGGGGCCUCAACAUAAUGGGCCACGGCAAGGGUGACAUCGGUGACGGCAAGGAGCUGCACCAUCGGAACGAGCGGUUUAAGGUGGUGAAGAUCGAGAGCACGGAACCGUUCAAGCGGGGUCGCUGGGUUUGCAUGGACUAUCUCGAUCACACGACGCUCCAGCAGCCGGCGAAGGAAAGCGGUGGCGGUCCGAGUAGUCAGGGUGAGGGUGGCGAGGCGGGCGGACCGAAUGCAACGCAGGACAGUGGUGUCGCCCUGACGGCCGAUAAUCCCGCCGCCGGGUACGGCAGCACGACGGCCGAUUCUUCACUCGAGAAUCCCAACCCGGCGGCGGAGUAUCAUGCGGCAACGGCUCCGGCACCGGCCGCCGGAAGUGUGGCCACCACGAACUCCUCCACUGUCAACGCAGCCCUGCUCGGGAUGCUGAACAACGAAUCUCCCGGUCAGAGCCUCAAUCUUCCGCUCGGUGGCGGCAACGGCCAACAGAUGGCGCCACCCCAACCUAGUCACGGGCAGCCACCGGGCACCGCCGCCGCCGCAACCUCUAACACUACUACUUCUGGUCAGCAGCAGCCGGCGGGUGCCGGCGGCAUACCGCACAGUUUACCUCAGUCGCAGCUUCAGAACGCACUCGCCGGACAGGCCGUGGGCCCCGGGCAACAGUCUCAGGCUCCGCCGGCCGCGGCACAGUACCCGCAGCAAGGGCCACCGCAAGGACAAUCCCAAUACUAUCCCCACACGAUGACGAACCUGGCCGAUCUGAACUUGCAGCAGUCGGCUCAGGCACCGCACCAGCACCACCAGCACGGUGCCACGCUUCCCAGCAACAUGCAGAUGCACCCGGCGGCGGCCGCUCCUCCACAGCAGUCCGCCAUUAGUGCGAUCUCUUCCAGCAACAUUCUUCCAGCGUCGAUCCCCACAUCACAGGAGAUGAACAUCAUCAUCGGUGGCAACGCCACCAUCCAGUCGAGCUUCCCCUCGCCCCACCAGCAGCAGGCGUUCAAGCAGCAGCAGGCCCAGGCGGCCGCCUCCCAAACGAACUCGCCGGUGGUCGUGGUGCCAUCGUCGCUUAUUGACUGUGUGCCCCAAGACGCCACCAUUCUCUCUCCAUCGGCCACCACUAAUCCCCCGUCGGUAGUAGCGGCCGCCGCGGCCAUCGCCCCCGAUACAGCCGGUUCUGUAUCGGUCGUUGAGCCACCGUCGGCCACCUCGUCACCGGUGACGAACGCUUCCUCGCAGAUUAUUCCACAAUCGGCCGCAGCACCACCGUCGGUGCUCGAUCCUUCGGUCGCCGCCUCGUCCUCCGUCAGUCCGGCGGCCACCAGUUCGUCGGCAGCGGCGGCCCCGGCAAACGGCACAACGGCGGUGGCAGCAGCAGCAGCAGCAGUGGUCGGUUCGCCCUCAACCGCGGUUGCCGGUGGCAGCGGCGGUGGCGGUGUGAGCACGAGUUCCUCGUCCACCGGGGUCGGUGCCGAUGCGGCUGCUGCUGCCGGUGAUCCGGAAUCGAAGCUCCUGUCGGCGGUGGCCGGUGUGACGGCGGGUGCCAGCAGCACCAGUAGCAGCGGCGAGGACACCGACAAGGCGGCCACCGAGGAUGGCGAAAGCGCCCUCCUGUGGAAACCAAAUAUCGCCCCCAGCGAAACCACAAUGUCGAACCCUCCGGCACGCCGGAUAACUAUCGGUGGCGUCCCGUCCAAAAUCAUCAGCAUCCCGAGGCGCAUUUCGCUCAGCGUUGCCGGGUUGCCGCCGCCGCAACACCAGCAGUCCGCACGUGCACUACACCACCAAACCCCGCAGCAGCCGCAGCCGCAGCAACAGCUGCCGGGUCAGCAACCCGCGGCCCUCCUUUCGAAAGCCUACUCGCUGCCACCCUCAAUGGGCGCGGCGGCCAAGGAGUCGCUCCGCAAAGACCUCACACAGCACUUGUUCGAUCAACAGCACCACCCGCUGCACUCCACUUCACACUCCCCAUUACGCAGCAGCGUCGGCGGCGGUGGCGGUGCCUUCAGUCCCGUGGUCAGCAACAGCACUCAGUCCCGCCCGCAGCAGCAUGCACCGCCCGGCAACGGGGGCAUCUACACGGACAUUGCGCUCGGCAAGAGCAUACAAAAUCUCAUGAACCGACCCCCCACAGCACCGACGCUGGCGGCGGCCGUCUCGAACCGGCUGGUGGCCGGCGGUUCGCUGCCCCGCUCGUUCGGUUCCCUCGGCACGUGCCGGGAGCUGCCGGAGCACGGGGAACCGUUGGCGGCGAGUCCGCCGACGGUCGGUGCCGGUGGUCCUUACUGCCGGGCGGCCACCAGUCUGCUCGGUGGCUUCACCGGCAGCAACAGUGUGAGCGGCUGCACCGUGACCCACGCGCACCGCUGCGUCCAGGACCUCAUCCGGGAAGAGCUGGGCGGUGGACGGAUGGGAAUGGGCGGUAGCGGCGGUGGCGGAGGCGGUAUGGCGCCGAGGCUGGGGAAGGCCGGCAGUAUGAUCAACAUGAUGAGCAUCGAUUCGGCGGCGGACGUGUUCAGUAGCAGUGGCGGUUCACAGUCUCACCCGGCGUCGGGACGCUCGAGCCCGGCGUCCUACCUGUACACCGGCACGCCGAUCGGCAGCCCACCACGGAUCGUGGGAAGUGUCCCCGGGUACCUGUUGGGGCCGGCUACCUCGUACGGCAGCUCGCCCGCAGCCGGCAGCACCCGCGUCAGUCGCGCACCGUCGCCGUCCUUCCUGCCAACGCACGCCAACAGCGGCGGGGACCACGCAAGUGCCUCUGGGACGGGCGCGGUUGCCAUCGAUAACAAAAUCGAGCAAGCAAUGGAUCUGGUCAAAUCCCACCUCAUGUUUGCCGUGCGCGAAGAGGUCGAAGUACUGAAAGAGCGAAUAUCGGAACUGAUGGACCGCAUCAACCAGCUCGAGUACGAGAACAACAUUCUCAAAGCGAACGCAUCACAGGAAACCCUAUCCCUGCUGACGACCGGUGGCAACAGUGUCAGUGCCAGCAGUGUGGCGGCCGCCGCCCAGCAGCAGCAGGCGGUGACGGCGGCCGUGGCCGCUGCGGUGGCGGCCACCACCGUUGCGGCCGCCACCGCCGCCGGCACCAACACCAAGGCGCCUGCAGCGCCGCCAUCAUCGGCAAACCCUGCCAACGGUUCCGUUUCCUAAGCCCCCGCAUGUUCCAGAGCCACUGCGCAACCGUUCUUUUUUUUAGACGUACGCAGUGACAGAAAGACUACUAUUAGUACUACUACUACCACUACUACUACUACUACUACUACUACUGCUACUGCGGCUACCCAACUGGCUACUAACCGAAGGCGCGAGUAGCAGCGCCGAGAGCAUCGAAGCCAACGCACGCACGCGCAAGCGCGCACCACAGAAGCGCAACGGAAACGACG